UAUGCUCAUGGGCAUGUGAUUUUUCUGUACAUUUUUAAUGCAUACUAAUCUCUACUGAUCAUUCCAUGUUACAGAAGGUUUGCAUAGGUGACAAUGCAGGAAACAUCGGUUAGAGAUAUCAAACCUCGAGGACUUCCGAGGCGUGCCGUUGUACGCAUCGCACGGUCAUGGGAGAAUCGGAACAGAGAUCAGCACCUCUAUGAAAUUGGUUACAUGUUCGUUGAUCAUUUGGGCAUCACCAUAGAAGGUUCUCUGCUCGAAGAACGUAUGGAUCAAUUCAGAGAAACUAAAAGAAGGCAAAGUAUACAAACUGGAAUCUUUUAUGAUUGUUGGUCCUCGACCCAACUAUAGGGCAACAGAUCACUGCUAUAGGUUCCGACUUUCACAAAAUACAAAGAUAAAUGAAAUGCUUCCUGAGCCUGAAAAUUUUCCUCUGUAUGCAUAUGAUGCAAAAUCCUUUGAUGAUGUCCGGCCACGUGUGGACAAACCGGAUAUCCUAUCAGAUGUUGUUGGAGUGGUGACGAUGGUUUCAGACCUCAUUCCAUCAAAGUCAGGAGAUCAAUCAAGAAGACACAUUUACAUAAAAAAUGAAAGUGAUGAGCUUGCCAUCGUCACCUUGUGGGGAGAACAAGCCGAGAAGUUUGAUGCAGAGGGCAUUCAACAGAUUUCUCUGCAGGAAAAUGUGUUCAUGCUGUUCGUGGGAAUGAAUGUUUCUCUCUUCAAAGGUAUGCUAGGCUUUAAAGGUACUUCACUAACGCGCUGGCAUGUCAACAUACCUAUCCCUGAAGUGGAAAUCCUUCGCGAUAGUCUUGGAAGUAAACGAUACAUAAUAGACUGGGAAGACUAUGUGGCUGGAAAAAAAGAAGCAGCUGAAACAACACUUUACAAUUUAUGCAAGCAAGACACCGCUACUAUCGUGGGUAACAGGUAUAAGCUAAACAUAACGGUCACCAGCCUCGACGAUCCAAUCAACUGGUGGUUCCAUUCUUGCAAAUCAUGCUGGAGGAAAAUGAUUCAGUCCGGAGUUUCUCGCAAAUGCCCUUCCUGUCACACCCCACACGAGCGCUACAGGUAUAGACUGAAGGUCAGCGCAGUCGAUGUGGAGCCAAACGCUCAAGGCUUACCUAUCAGCGGCCGUCUCACAUUCUUUGGCAACUGCGCCGAUGUUCUAACGGGCAAGGAAGCAGAUCUUCUUGCACCACUUACUAAAGGUCGUCCUAAUUAUGUCCCUCCUGCUAUUACUGCCGUGGUUGGCAAGAAGUGCACAAUCACUGCGGAGGUAGACCAAGAAACCUAUGAUGCUAAUCCUGGAAUAGUGUUCCUUACCGUCUCGAAGGCCCAGCUAAUCGCUGACUCAGUGCAAGAUUGGAACCUUCUGUCCAUACUAGCCCUGCAAUAGCUGAUAAGGCGACUACACUAGCUGACGAGCACCCAGAAGGCAGCUCCUCACAGGCAACACCUCCAAAAGACAUUCUUGAAUCAACUGAUGUUGAAGAAGAUGAGGUAGUUAGUGGACUAUCCUGUAUAAUCAAAUAAUCCAACAUAAUCUAAUAUAUAUAUUUUCCUACCAGGACAUAGACAAGGAAAACAAAGAAAAGAAGAGGAAGGGUACCGACAAUAGAAAGGGGCCUGCAAAGGCACUGUUCAAAGGAAAAAAGUAAACCUCACCUCUUCAGGUAAAAGCAAAAUCUAGAAAAGCGUUACACAUUUCACCUGUUACCGCAUCCAUUCACUCAUUCUGUGCCUUAUAUUGAUUACAGGCAGAAGACAAGGACAAGCACGCCAUCAGGGCGACCAAUCAAACAAACAAAGCACUCACCUCCUACCUUUGCCUCUUAUGUUUGUGUUAUCUGAUAUUAUUCCGAGUGAGCACCACUGCAAUCUCUUAGAGUUGCAUACCUAAGACUAUAUAUGCCUAAGUUUAUUUUUCGGACCUCCGGCACUACUAUCUAUGUAUAAUUAUCCAGUAUGUAAACCUUUGUUCGCUAUCAUGUACUUUCAGACUUAAUGAGGUAGAAGUUUAGUAACUA